CGGGACGCUUAGGAGGAGACUCGAGUCCGCGGCCGACGGACGCCCCGCGCGGGCCCGCGUCCCGCCAUGAAGUUUCGGGCCAAGAUCGUGGACACGGCCUGUCUGAACCACUUCACACGCGUCAGCAACAUGAUCGCCAAGCUCGCCAAAACUUGUACCCUCCGCAUCAGCCCGGAUAAGCUGAACUUCAUCCUCUCCGACAAAGUGGCCAACGGAGGCGUGAGCAUGUGGUGUGAGCUGGAACAGGAGAACUUCUUCAGUGAAUUUCAGAUGGAAGGUGUCUCCGCUGAAAACAACGAGAUUUAUUUAGAGCUGACGUCGGAAAAUUUAUCUCGAGCUUUGAAAACUGCCCAGAAUGCCAGAGCCUUGAAGAUCAAGCUGACUAAUAAACACUUCCCCUGCCUCACGGUCUCCAUAGAGCUGUUAUCAGUGUCGAACAGUAGCCGCAUUGUGACACAUGACAUCCCCGUUAGGGUCAUUCCUAGAAAAUUGUGGAAGGAUCUGCGAGAGCCUACAGUCCCAGACGCCGACGUUAGCAUCUAUUUGCCAGUCUUGAAGACCAUGAAAAGCAUCGUGGAAAAAAUGAAAAACAUCAGCAAUCACCUUAUCAUUGAAGCAAACCUAAAUGGAGAAUUGAACUUGAAAAUAGAAACGGAGCUAGUGUGCGUUACAACCCACUUUAAGGAUCUCGGGAACCCUCCGUCAGCCUCUGAAGACGCGUCUCAGGAUAGAAACCCGGAGCAGAUGGCCGAGGUGCGCAUCGAUAUCCGGAGGCUCCUGCAGUUCCUCGCCGGACAGCAAGUGAACCCGACAAAGGCCGUGUGCAACAUCGUGAGCAACAAGAUCGUCCAUUUUGAUUUGCUCCACGAGGACGUCUCCCUGCAGUACUUCAUCCCCGCCUUCUCGUAGGCCGCGUCCGGCCCCCUCUUCCCUCGGUUCCGUGCUGGUGGGAACUGGAGCUUGCGGAGCACAGUUGGAUAAACACACUACUUCGUGUUGCU